GACAUGUGUAAUCGAAGUAUUUGUGGCUUGUGCUGUGAGCUUUAUGUUUUUUCUCGAAUUAUUAAUUAAUGUGCUCUAUUCGGCAAAAUGUUUAUGAGUAUUCUUUAUAAUUGACGUAAAUAAAUAGUGCUUAAAAUAUACUGUAAUAUAUUCUUGAUCUACUUUUAUAUGUACAUUAAAUGAAAUAGUGUAAACAUGGUUAGGAGUGGACGAGAUCGAGAUAGGGAUCGUGACCGAAGGCGCUCUCAUAGCAGGUCGCCAACUCCUGAUCGCAAACGCAGGCGCUCUCGGUCUAGAAGUAGGGACAGAAGUUCAAAAUUGUCGAAGAGAAAGCGUAGCCGCAGCAGAGAGAGGGAGUCGAAGCGUGAUCGUAGCAGAGAUCGCGAUAGGGAUCGUAAAAGCGAUAAAAGAGAUGACAAAAGGAAUGGAUCAAGUAGCAAAUCUAGGAAGAAGACACCAGAUAGAGACAGGGAUAGGGAAAAAGAGAAAGAUAGAUCCAAAUCAAAAGAAAAAACAUUGAAAUCUGAAGAUUAUAAUCCAGGGACUGUUGACAAGGAAGAGGAGCAAAGCAGGUUAGAAGCAGAAAUGCAAAAAAGGCGAGACCGCAUUGAGCGAUGGAGGGCAGAACGAAAACGUAAAGAGAUUGAAUCUGCUAAGAAAGAGGUGCAAAAGGGAAGCAUAGUAACUAACAUUCAAGUGCCAGCAGCAAAGAAAUGGUCUUUAGAGGAUGACUCUGGUGAUGAAGGUGAAGAUGGUGAAGGUAAAGAAAAAGAGAAACCUGAAGAAAAGAAAGAAGAAGAAGAUGAAAUAGAUCCAUUAGAUGCAUACAUGCAAGAAGUGCAGCAAGAAGUCAGAAAAGUGAACGAAUUAGACCAGGCGCGAGGCAUCAUAAGUGUGCCGUCCACUGGCGGGGGCACCGGCGUUGUGAUACUUACUGGCACUGCUAAGAAGAAAGUUACUGAACAGAAAAAUAAAGGUGAAUUAAUAGAACAAAACCAGGAUGGAUUGGAAUAUUCGUCAGAGGAAGAAACCGAGGACAUUAAAGACGCGGCAGCGAACCUCGCUUCGAAACAGAAGAAAGAUCUUGCUAAAGUGGACCACGCCAGCUUGAUUUACAUGCCGUUUAGAAAAGCUUUCUACACAGAGGUAAGCGAGCUAUCACGAAUGACCCCAGAAGAGGUAGAAGCGUACAGGACCGAGCUAGAAGGCAUUCGCGUGAAGGGCAAGGGUUGUCCAAAACCUAUCAAAUCAUGGGCGCAUUGUGGGAUCAGCAAGAAAGAGCUUGAGAUACUGAAGAAGCUUGGCUUUGAGAAACCUACGCCAAUCCAGGCGCAAGCCAUCCCCGCUAUUAUGUCAGGAAGAGAUCUCAUUGGUAUAGCAAAAACUGGUUCAGGCAAAACUCUGGCCUUCAUCCUGCCAAUGUUCCGGCAUGUCCUGGACCAACAGCCCUUAGAGGACACUGACGGACCAAUAUCUCUUAUAAUGACACCAACAAGAGAGUUGUGUAUGCAGAUCGGGAAGGAUAUCAAGAAGUUUGCCAAAUCGCUAGGAUUGCGCGUUGUUUGCGUUUAUGGAGGCACUGGGAUAUCAGAACAGAUAGCGGAGCUGAAGCGCGGCGCCGAGAUGAUAGUGUGUACGCCUGGUCGCAUGAUCGACAUGCUGGCCGCCAACUCGGGCCGCGUCACCAACCUGCGCCGUGUCACCUACAUCGUGCUGGACGAAGCCGACCGCAUGUUCGACAUGGGCUUUGAGCCGCAGGUGAUGAAGAUAAUCGACAACGUGCGACCCGACCGACAAACCGUGAUGUUCAGUGCUACCUUCCCGCGGCAGAUGGAAGCGCUCGCGAGGCGAAUUCUGCAGAAACCUAUUGAAGUUCAGGUGGGUGGCCGCAGCGUAGUGUGCAAGGAAGUAGAACAACACGUGGCCAUAUUAGAAGAUGACGCGAAGUUCUUUAAGCUUCUAGAACUGUUGGGGCUGUACAGUCAGAUGGGCAGUAUCAUUGUCUUUGUUGACAAACAGGAAAACGCUGACAGCCUCCUCAAGGAUCUGAUGAAGGCGUCGUAUUCUUGCAUGAGUUUACAUGGGGGUAUUGAUCAAUUCGACAGGGACUCGACGAUCGUUGACUUCAAGUCUGGCAAGGUGAAGCUGUUGGUAGCCACCAGCGUCGCGGCGCGCGGGCUCGACGUCAAACAGUUGGUGCUGGUCGUCAACUACGACUGUCCCAAUCACUACGAGGAUUACGUGCACAGAUGCGGGCGGACCGGGCGCGCCGGCAACAAGGGCUACGCGUGGACGUUCCUGACGCCGGAGCAGGGCCGCUACGCGGGCGACGUGCUGCGCGCGUUCGAGCUGGCGGGCACGCCGCCGCCGCCCGAGCUGCGCCAGCUGUGGGACACCUACAAGGAGGCGCAGGAGAAGGACGGCAAGAAGGUGCACACGGGUGGCGGCUUCAGUGGGAAAGGGUUCAAGUUCGACGAAUCAGAAGCGCAGGCGGCCACGGAGCGCAAGAAGUACCAGAAGGCGGCGCUGGGGCUGCAGGACUCCGACGACGAGGACGUGGAGGGCGACCUCGACCAGCAAAUAGAGACCAUGCUCGCCGCUAAGAAGAUCGUGAAGGAAAUUAAGCCUGGUGUCGCCAACGCCGGACCCCCUGCGGGUGCUGGCGCGGCGGGCACGGACGGCAAACUGGAGCUGGCUAAGAGACUCGCCUCGCGCAUCAACCUCGCCAAGGGGCUGGGCGUCGAGCAGAAGGGAGCCACGCAGCAAGCCGCUGAAGCCAUCCUCAAGGGGGCCCCCUCCGCGCAUACUCUUAUUACGGCCAAAACAGUAGCGGAACAGCUAGCGGCGAAACUGAACACGCGUCUGAACUACCAGCCGCGCGACGAGAGCGCGUCCGAGCCGGCCGAGGAGGUGUUCCGGAAGUACGAGACCGAGCUGGAGAUCAACGACUUCCCGCAGCAGGCGCGUUGGCGGGUCACGAGCAAGGAGGCGCUAGCGUUGAUCAGCGAGUAUUCGGAAGCGGGCAUCACAGUACGAGGUACGUAUGUACAACCGGGUAAGGCUCCUCCUGAGGGCGAACGGAAGCUGUACCUAGCCAUCGAGAGCUCCCAAGAGCUGGCGGUCGCCAAAGCCAAGUCUGAGAUCACGCGGCUCAUCAAGGAGGAACUCCUCAAACUGCAGACCUCGGCGCAUCACGUGAUCAACAAAGCUAGAUAUAAGGUCCUCUAAUAUUCUAUGGGAAUUAUAGUACGUUUCUUCUA